GGCUGGAAGUGGGUCAUCGUAUAUAAGCACAAGUUCAAGGCAAAUACGGUUUCAGAAAUUUCUCAUUGGUCGAACUGACAGCAGGUGCCUGCUGCAAGAAAAGUGUUAAGUUUUCAUCUCGAACGUAGUUAAGCACAUAAUUAAUAAACAGAAUGUCGUCUAAGAAAAUAAUCGGUUGGAGUCUAUUGUCGAUGUUGGUGUGUAAUUUUGUCCUGGUCCACGCGUAUCCGCAACAUCAGGCACUACAGGUAUCGUCGCAGUCCCACCAGCAGCAGCCCACAUACUACACAAAUCCGCAGCUCAACAGGAAGUUUGCCGAAAAACCCAACGCCAUCAAGAAGGUUGCACUGGACGAUAUCGAUGAUAUUCAGACAAACCAAAUCCAGGAUGGUGGCUUCUCGUGGUCCAACAUGCUCGGAGUCCUGAUGCAGAUGAUCUUCAAUGGCGCGGGCGGUGCCGUCAAUAAUGCUCCAACCAAAUCGGACGACAUUGACAACGGUGGAUUCGCCCAGUCCCCAUGGGCUAAUGUGAUCUCGGUGGGUCUCAAGAUCAUCACUGCCCUGCUGGGAGGUGGCGCCAAUGACGGUAUUGACAAAGUAGACAACGGAGGAUCACCCAUGCAGAACGUGCUCGCGGCUGUGUUCUCCGCAAUGUUCGGCUCAAAGGACCCUGAGCAAGUGAAUACCAUGGCCAAACAGGCCGGAGAGUUCAUCAAUAUCGUCGUAAACCUGCUGGAUGCUCUGAAAACCUCGUUUUCACACCGUUCCAUGUCGGCCAGAAAUCUCGGAAAGAAAGAUUCGAUUAGCGAUGCUGCCGUUGCUGGAAUCACCGUCCUGAAGACCUACGCCAAAUCGUACAGCAACACCGAGGACAAAUGUGUGCUGAAGUACAUCUGUGAAGCGAGCAACGAUUGCCAGAACGCCAUCGGUGGAUCCAGCAUCUUCUGUCAGCUUGGAAACUACGCAACAAGCUACGUCCUAGAAAGGCAAACGGCCAAAUCUUUCGAAACCCUGUACGAAGCCGGUCGUAAUGGCCGAUUAGGUUUGGACUGUCGACAGCUCUAUCUGGAAUGCAAUGAGGUCUAACUUUUUCGAGAAUCUAUAGCUAGAAACCACGCACAGCCGACACUACUAGGAACCCACAACUUAACGCAUGUGCCUUAGGCCAUAUUCAGGACAAAUCAAAUGGUAGUGUGCAUUUUACAAAAGAGACGCUGGGCAUAUCGGAGGAAUAUCGAAGUUUUGACACACUUUCAGCCUUGGUUCUAGAAUUGGCUUUCGCUUCGCUACAUAGCUUAGUAUCUAAUCUAUGGGUUGAUGUAAGCACAACGAAUGGUUCCUUCACAAAAAUCGAAAAUGCACAUUUUACUAUCUUUCAUCUUAUCUAAAACAUCUCCUCGAGGUGCACAGAAAUUUCCUAGUUGAGAAGUUAUUUUAGUUCCACUGCCGUUGGAUAACUUAAUGAGCGCAUUUAUUUCGUCAAUAUCUUUUUGCACCAAAGUUGUAAGUUCCACGAUGAUUUUUUUUUGGCAGAUCCCCCAACCACGUGGCCCAAUGACAUAUAGGUUAUUCUUUUGAGUGAUAGCACGGAUGAAAGUUUGAUUUUCUUAUUGAUUGGGGUCAUUCUAUGUUUCUUUCCACGGAAAUCAUCAAGAUGAUCGUUUAUUUAUUUAUUUAUUAUUAAUGUUAUUUAUUAAUUUAUUCAAACGUAUCGUAGCAUUUCCAGUGUUAGAUUUAGAAAUUUACUUUGAAGCGACUAAUAAAAGAGUGGAUCGAAAAUUUUAAA